GACACCUUCAAAUGCUUUCGGUCAAGGCCCCUCAGCCUUCUUCCUUCCCAGUCAUCCAAACUUAUCCUUGCUGCAUCGUUUCCAGCGGCCCGGAUGGCCAUUAUAACUAGCUCCUCCACUGGCAGCUACGGCAUUCAAUUAUAGGGUAUCCGGUGACAGGGUUUGAGAGUUUACUUAUAUUGAGCUCCCCUGAAUACAGGUGUGAAGUCGUAUAAGGUGCCUUCCUCAGAUACGUUGUCUAACACAAUGCCCGUCCCCAACUUCAAGCUAAACAACGGUGUCGAGAUCCCAGCUAUUGGCUUGGGAUGCUGGGCCGGCUUAACGAAGGAAGAGCGCGCCGCAGGAUGGUCCUGGUUCUUGACCGGGAUUCAGAAUGGCUACAGGCACUUUGAUACCGCGUACGCGUAUGGCACCGAGGCUUCCCUUGCCAAAGCGAUAAAGGAGUCUGGCAUUCCGCGCAAGGAGCUUUUCAUCACAACGAAGCUGCACUGGAAUCACAUGGGACGAGUUCAAGAAGCCAUCGACGAGAGUCUGAAGAAUCUUGGGACCGACUAUGUUGAUCUUUAUCUAGUGCAUUGGCCGUUUGCUGUGAAAUACGAAGAGGGUGACGACUCGCCGAAGACCGCUGCCGGCGACCUGCUCCUUGAUGAAUCGAUUACAUUCAAUGAUACUUGGGCAGAAAUGGAGAAAGUCCUCGCCAGCGGCAAAGCUCGGGCUAUUGGAGUUAGCAACUUCUCAAUCAAGAAUCUCGAGAAACUCUUCACCACAGCCAAAGUUGUUCCUGCUGUCAAUCAAGUCGAGCUGCACCCCUACCUCGCUCAACCAGAGUUGAAGGCAUACGCUGACUCAAAGGGGAUCCUCCUGACUGCCUAUACACCUACUGGUUAUGCGACUGUUCGCUCAGACCCGACCAUCAUCGCGCUCGCAGAAAAGUAUGCGGUAAAACCGGCUCAAAUCAUCCUGGCAUGGCACAUUUCUCGGGGUGUUUCUGCUGUUCCUAAAAGUUCGAACCAGGAACACCAGAAAGAGAAUCUGCAACUUCCUACGCUUUCUUCUGAGGAUAUUCAGAAGAUCGAUGCGCUUGAUAGGAAUGAGCGAUUGUGCAACAAAGCGAACGAGAGAGGCAUCGUUUGGGGUUGGACAUAUGAGCAGCUCGUAUUAUACCGGCCUCGGCAGCUUCGAAUAUCUUUAUGUAUCCUGUAUAAACAAAAUUCGUGUUGUAGUGGCCGGUAGUGGUAUGUACCGCCGGCGCUUGUGUGCUGCACUAUGUCUUCCUCGACCACCAUGAGCAUGAUGUCCACCCCAUCGCCCGUAGUAGCCAAUCAACCACCUAUUGUCUA